AUGCCAGCUAGAUUACCGUCCAGCUCGACCUCGCUCGCCACCCUCGACUCCCUCCUCGCCUCCUCGUCACAAACCUCCUGCGCCCUCACCCGCAGCUUCUCCUCCACACCAUGCCGCGAACGAAUGACCCGUGAGCGUCAGCGCAUGUACAAGUGGCUGACGUCGCGCGAAGGCGAGGCCUUCAAGGCCAACGAGCGACGCUACCUCGGCGGCAGCCGCGACCAGCCCUUCCCCGUCAACCCGCUGUUCAAGAGCCAGCCUGUGCUGGACGAGCGAACGCGCGAGUUGAUUUGGGAAAAGGUCACACAGCGAGGCGAUGCCCUCAAGGUCGUGUCGGCAGAUAUGGGCGUCGAUGUCAGAAGAGUCGCUGCUGUUGUCAGAUUAAAGGAGGUUGAGAAGCAGUGGGUUGCCAACGGCAAGAAGCUGGCCAAGCCGUAUGCCAAGGCUGUUAUGAGCAUGCUUCCCACAACGCGAUAUGACGAACGAAACCCUGCCGCCAACGCACCCCACGAGCCCGUCAACGACGUCCACAUCCACCGCUACACGCUCCAGCAGCUCUUUGUCCCUGUUGCCGAGUCCAAGGACUUUACGCGCAAGGACGCCGCCAAGGCCUUCCACCCUACCAUGCUCUCUGUUGACGAGCGCUCGCCGCAGCGCGGCCUCAUUCAGAUGGAGAAGGAGAUUAGCAAGGGCAAGUCUGUCGGCGAGAGCAAGCAGCUGUUUGUGGAGCGUGAGCAGAAGCAGGAAGAAAAGGUUGCUGCGAAGCUCGCGGCGGCGCGAAAGGCCGAGGAGGAUGCCACACAACGCGUACGGACAGACCGCUACGAGUUCCGCAUCAAGGAGAUCAAUGUGGACGAUGUCGGCGCGACUGGCAAGUCGAGAAAGGGAACGGGCGUGCGCUACGGUGCGCCAUUUGACGACCGUAAGCGCGGCGCCAUUAAGAUUCCUACGUCGGUAGAAUAA